UACCUCAUUCUUUGUAUAUUGUAAUGGAUGAUUUGCCUGAAAAAGGUUUUCCCUGAAACUCAUUUGUGUGAGAAGGAUAGGAAGCUUUCAUGUACAGAAUAAAUAACUAUCUGAUCUCUUAAAAUGGUAAUUCUGAUGCCACAUGGCAGGGUACCCGUCAGUCACCAUGGGGUUAGUUUGAAGGAAUGAUUUGACAUCUUUUUUCAACUCUGAUGCUCAACUUAAAAUCUUACAUUUUCAACUUUGGCAAAUGGUUCCUGGAAAAAAAUAUUUGAAUACUCAUAAUUCUGUUGUCUUAGCUCCUUUUUUCAUAGGAAUAGUGGCAUUGCAGGAAAGAAAUACUGCAUGUGAAAAAUUAAACAAAAGUAAUACAAAAUUUGUUAAGGUAACCUUUUUGCUAAGAAAGUAAUUUGGCUGUGUUUAAACACAUUUCCCGUCUGCAGCCCAUCCUCCCAGUAUCUGUGCGUUUUAUAUUUGGACUAGGAGCCCCUUGGCCCAAUUCCAAACUUGAGUAUCUAUUAGAGAUAAGAAAGUAGAACAAUUUUCCUUACAAGUUUGUCUUAAACUUUACCUGAAAGGGCUAGCUGCGUACCCAUUGAUUCUCUCAAUUUUGUGCUGAGGCUCUUUUUUAUUUCCAGGUCUGAGGGGAGUGGCUUGACUAUGGCUCUAGCGUCAACAUUUUGGCCCAGGGAAUGCAGAGGGGUGAUGCCAGGGGAUCUAGCCAGGCCAACAUCCUAAGCUGGAGUACUCUCCUAGAGGAAGAUUUGUUACCCAGCCUCACAGAGACUAAUCAGUCCAUCCGGUUGAUUUAUUAACUUACAGUGAGAAAUGCAGCUGUUAGGAACACUAAAACUGCCUCAUCCUCAGAUUAGUUUAUUUUCUCCCUGUAGGCAUGUUGCGUGAGAAGCCAAAUUAUAAAUAGACUGUUGCUCAGAGAGGAACAGAGUACCCACCGACCGAGGAAUUAGAAUAAGGACAGUCUGGGGAAGGGAGGGCCGACGUGCAGCCCUUUGGGUUUUUUUCUAUCUCUCAGCAUUGUUUCCUAAGCUUACUUCUUGUAUAUUUUAUUAGCUGACAUUCUUCUGUAAAGAAGCAUUUUCCCUCCUCACCCCCUUUUUUGCGUAUCACUGUGGAUUCAUGGAAUUUUUUUUGUAAAAAUAAGUUGGUCAGUCCUUCACCAUUAUUGUUUUCAAUACUCCAGUUGUCCCCGAUUUGGCCAUUGGGAGUCCCUUCUAGAUAAAAAGUCCCUGUGUCUUUUUGAUGUGUCCCCAUUUGUGUUUGAGGACUUCCUUGCUUUCUGGGAUGAUAAGAUGUCCAGGCUCAUCUUGUAUCUUCCCUGGCAAAGACUUGGAAUCCAAGGAACCCUGGUUUCCUUUUCAUGCAGAAAGGCAUUUAGAAACCGAGAUCCAGGCACCAGGGUCUCUUUCUGUGCAGGACCCGCAGUAGGCACACUCGGCAUGCAUUUAGGACACCAGCACAGGAGGUGCUUCUCCAGGAGGAAGGAGCAACACAAACGGACACCUUUUAAACUUCGGCUUUGAUGAACAUAUCCAGAAUUUACAAUUAGAAAACUUAGGAAGAAGAUGGGAGCUCAGAAUGCCUGAGCUCAGCAGAGCAGAUGGAGUCCGAGGACAUGCUGAGUGCCAUGGGCUGGAGCCGGGAAGAGAGGCCAAGGCAGGACUCCAAGGCUGCGAGCAGUGCCUGCCCUGCCCUGCCCCCCAUGGUCGUCAUGAAGAACGUGCUGGUCAAACAGGGCAGCAGCUCAUCCCAGCUCCAGUCGUGGACUGUCCAGCCCUCCUUUGAAGUGAUCUCAGCACAGCCACAGCUCUUAUUCCUUCACCCACCUGUACCAUCUCCUGUCAGCCCACGUCACGCUGGCGAGAAAAAGUCGGACUCCAGGAGCUACUUGCCUAUUCUGAAUUCUUACACGAAAAUUGCCCCACACCCAGGAAAAAGGGGCCUUUCCUUCGGCCCAAAGGAAAGAGCAGAAAGUGGAAUGAGGAAGAAAAUGUGUACCGAGAGACUGGGGCCCAGCUCGUGUGCCAGUGAGCCGACCAAGAGUGGUGCUGUGCCACCCCGUCCCCCGACUCCAGCGCCCCCCAGCGCCAAGCUUGCUGAGGACUCAGCUCUGCAGGGUGUGCCCUCUCUGGUGGCAGGAGGAAGUCCACAAACUCUCCAGCCGGUGUCCAGCAGCCACGUGGCUAAAGCUCCCAGUCUGACCUUUGCUUCCCCCGCCAGUCCUGUCUGCGCCUCAGACAGUACUCUGCAUGGGUUAGAGAGCAGCUCCCCCCUUUCACCCCUGUCGGCUAAUUACAGCUCACCUUUAUGGGCCGCAGAGCACCUCUGCUGCAGCCCGGAUAUCUUCUCAGAGCAGCGGCAGAGCAAACACAGGCGCUUUCAGAAUACCCUAGUUGUCCUACACAAAUCUGGCUUGCUGGAGAUCACUUUGAAAACCAAGGAGUUGAUUCGUCAGAACCAAGCAACUCAGGUAGAGCUAGACCAGCUGAAGGAGCAGACCCAGCUGUUUAUAGAGGCCACCAAAAGCAGGGCUCCUCAGGCUUGGGCCAAGCUGCAGGCGUCUUUAACCUCGGGGUCCACUCAUACUGGCAGUGACCUGGAAGCAUUUUCUGAUCUCCCAGACAUAUAGCACAGAAGGCACAUUUUCUUGUGACUUGAGUGGUUCUUUUUCCCUCUUGCUGUUAUCUUACUUCUGUUUCCCAAAAUUUAUGUAAGAGCUCUUCCUUCUAAACUGAAACUGUUCAGCACUUCACUUAAGAAGCCACAUGCCAAUACCUUGUCUUAACCUGUGGUCUAUGCACGGUUUACCUGUGUCUCCGUUCCACUGAGGACCUCAGAUUCGGGGUGUCCUGGAGUCUCUUUUCCAUAGCCUGUAGGCACUUAGGUGGAUCACGGGGCAAAGCAGGAGGCUCUUCUGGCUGUCACCUCCCACCAUCCCACUCACUAACCGCGAUCAGGGUGCAGUGACAUGGAUGAACAUACAGUGACACCUGGCAAGCCAGGGAGUAGGUGACAUAAGGAUCCCUUCACAGAUCUUCCCUUGAAUGUCUUAGUCACAGAGAAAAGUAAGAGGAGGUGUGUUUGCUUUGCUUCAGGCAUCGGUGCCAUUUGGGCACAGGUUGGGCUUAGAGUGCAAGCACUUAACCACUUACGGCUUUGUUUCCUUAAACUUGAGAGUCACGUGGAAAGGGUCAUACAUUGAACUAACUCACCACUUUCAUCACAAGCCAGGUUUCUUUUCACUUAAACUGGGAGGCAAAGUAACUUCAGAGUUCUAAAGUAUGGAACAGAUGCAGUACCAUCUGGAGUGAGCUGAUGAACUGCUGUUUAGACUUUCGCGUCUGAAGAAGGUAGACAUGGCUAGCAUCUCUUGGUCAGAAGCUGGAAGAUUCUGGUAAUUUGUGCUUUUCCCCUCUCUCUUUUUGAAACAGUGCAACCUGUUCUAUGUGUGAAAAUCUUAAAGAUAGCUUCAGGGGUCCUGAGAGAGUGGUAUCUGUUACCCCUCUGCUGCCGCCUCUUACUCCUCUUGUUUCUAUAAAAGAGGAAAGAAAUUAUUAAGCUUGAUAGACUUGGGAUUAAAGUCACCCUGAGGUUACGAAAUAGAAGCCCACAAAAAUUGGAAAACGUUCUGAACAAUUUUCACCUCCAGAGUGUUUGUCCCAUAUGUUGCACAGUGACGUGGAGUCACUGGAGCAAUCUGCUGCUGCUUCCGUGUGUGGGAUAUUGGCAGCAAACCCAGAGGUGUAGUGUUGGUGAUCUAGGAACAGAGGGUGUGAUGAGAACUUACAGCUGAUAACACAGUCAGCCUCAUAGUAAAGGUAAACUAGAUUUCGAAGUAGUAGAGUUCCAGACUUUCUCUCCUUUAUUUAAAAGUGUCAUCCUCUUGAAAAUCAUUAAACAAGUUCUGGACGACCAGCUUCAUCUUUUCUGCAAGGAAAACGUACUUAAUGUUUUAUCAAGGCCAGAAGCUAAUGCUCAUAUUUACUAGGUAGUUGUAACUGUAAUGUAGUUUAAGAAUCACAAGGCUUCAGAUUGCCUACACUUUGUCCUCACACAUGUAUGAGUUAGAUAUGACCAAUUUAAAAAUAAACUUGGUAAAAUCUCUAGACUCCUGAUCAGUGCAGAAUCGUUACCUGCCAUUUGCUUUAUGAAAGUUUCAAAAAUCAGAGCAAAUGUGUCUUUAAGCCGACUCAGCGCCUUUGAAUACUUUUCUCUUGGCCGACUCCCUUUGCCUCCCCUGAAUCCAUGUGGUACUACAGCAGCUCUGCUCUGUGCACCAUGCUAAGAAGCUUCCUUUUUGGCAGAGUAUGUUUGGCAACAAACUAUAGAGACAGGUGCAUUCAGAACAGCCUGGGCAGCAGUCAUGAGUCUUACUGAGUGUCAAAAAUCUGAACACAACUUGCUGAAAACCACAUUUAUUCCAUCAGAAAAACCCUCUGUGGAACUAUAAGCCUUUUGGACUCGUCCUAGAUUAAGGCUUGCAUUUGCCUUCCUGUCACAGUAAAAGAUGAUGAAAGCCAUCAUUGGUCCUCCCUGCUGAGUGGCAGGGAGUAGCAGCACCACCCCCAGCUCUUCUCUGAUCUUACAACUUAGUGCUGAAAGUCUCUCUAGGCUCUUAGCAUGGGCGUUCCUUCCCUAGUGGAGCUGUAAGCAGGUGAAGCCGAGCAGAGAAGCUAGAUCUUGGAAGGAGAAUCCACUGAAGUGAGCAGACAUUUGGGGCCAGAAGCCAGAUCGACAAACGGAGACACCUUGGAGCUGACCAGAAAGACCUCUGUUGGUUGCACAAGGCUGUAAGUAGUGGCCCUAGCGAUGCAUGAUUUGACCUGGUGUGAAGUAGUGCUGCAGAGCGACUGUUUUCUGAAAGUGAGAAGCCAUACGUAGCUCAAACCAACCCUUCAGAGAACUUCUGGCAGAUUUUGUUGGCAGUGUUGAAACACGUCUAGAAAAAGCUGCUGAUUGAAUUGGUUGUGGGAUUGGAGUUUAAUGACACUGUAAUUUAUUACACUCAUUGCUUUUUAUUGAUUAUAGUUUGUCUGACUUUGAUGCCUUCAGCAGAAAUGUAACUCUCGUGCAUAUAUUGAAGUGUUUUUCCAGCUAUGGAUUCGUUAGAGGUUUACUUACCAAAUGUGAAUUAUUUUGAGGAAGUAUGAAGUUUUGUAGAAAUUGACUGUGAAAUGUCAGAGAAAAAUAAAAGUCACUUACUUGAAAACUA